AUGAACGAUUGCUUCAGCGAAUCGGAUUUGGGCGAUUGGACUGGCGAUUGCUUGAGUCUCGACGAGGAACCGUUACCGUCAUCGAAUCCGGUCGAAUACGAUCAAUUGACAGGAUCCGAUCUUAUUCUAUUAGCUACUAUUCCUGCAUCUGCUAUUCUUCUGGCUGAACAUCUCCUACAUAGUCGUCAUCCUGAUAUGCCUCGACGAAUACGGGAACAAGUCCUGGAGGUGACAAAGACGGUCACUUUGAUGGAGAUCAUCAACUCGGCCCCAGAUAAGCACCCACGUUCCUGUGAGGUGACCGUCACGAAUAUCGCCUCUGAUACGGGCCAUCCAGUCUCGCUGAAGAUCCGACACAUGCAUCAAUCACAGAAUGUUGAUCAUACCGAGGCCCAUACCCAAACGCCAGAGAUCAUCAUCAAAGAACAGACGUGGGACGCAAUCCAACGAGCCUCCAGACGGCGCCACCCGAAUCCAACAGGAACACAAGACGAAAGUGGAGCGGAAAAACGUGAUCAACAGCGCUCAGCUGCAUCCCGUGCCACUGACAAACGAGGCGUCGGCCGAACUGUCCACUCUCUGUACUACCGGCCAUUUGUUGGCGAGAAUUCCGGUCCUUCGAUCCAUUACAGUACUGGUACCGCCUCAUCCGACACCUCCCAUCGAACACCGCUGAAGGAGCGCAGCUCGGUCUUGGACGAGGUCGAUCUUACAACGAUGGCAAGCGAGGCCUCGAGCGAGGGCAGUGUUAUCGUCUAUGCGGACCCACGACCACGAGGACGUGCCUCAUCGGCUGACGGCUACUUCACAACAAUUCCUGCAGCUGAGUAA